AUGCCGAUAUUGCUGCUGUCCAUGGACCUGAAAUCAGGGGAAACAGCAAGUUCAGGCCAAGCGCUCACCAUUCUGCAGAAUAAGGACCAGAACUUUACAGAGGUAAACUGUGUCAGUUCUUUUACUAUUACAGCAGUUCAUCGUGGCCCUGUCGUUCGCCUCCUUCACCAAAGCUCUGUCAGGGACCUACAUGAAGAGUGCCAUCACUCAGAGAGACACUUUGACCUGUCCAGCUCUCUCAUCGGACUCAUAGACGGCAGCUUUGAGAUGGGUAACCUGCUGUUCCUGGCUGUGGUCAGCCAUUUUGGGGCGAAGCUGCACCGGCCCAGGCUCAUUGCUAUGGGCUGUUUCCUCAUGGCUGUAGGAUCCUUCCUCACAGGCCUGCCGCACUUCUUCAUGAGACGGUAA